AUGGCAUCAUCAUCCGGAACCGGCUCGCCUUGCGGUGCAUGCAAGUUCUUGAGACGAAAAUGCACCUCCGACUGCAUUUUCGCUCCCUAUUUUUGCUCGGAACAAGGCCCUGCGAGGUUCGCGGCCAUUCAUAAAGUGUUUGGGGCUAGCAAUGUGUCGAAAUUAUUGAUGCAUAUCCCAGCUCACGAUCGUUGCGAGGCGGUCAUCACCGUUGCUUACGAAGCUGAAGCUAGGUUAAGGGAUCCGGUUUAUGGUUGCGUUGGUCAGAUAUUCGCCUUACAACAACAGGUCGCAUGCCUGCAAGCUCAAUUAAUGCAAGUGAAAGCUCAACUAGGUCAAAAUAACACAGAAGAAAAUCAAUGGCAAGGAAACCUUUGUGGUGUUGCUUCCAUCCCAAGCUAUGUGAGCCCAAUUUCCCCACAAUGCUCAGUUGUGUCUGUUGAACUCAACAAUGGAAAUAGCAUGAACCUGCAUGAUGGUGAUCUGGGUGAGCUUCAGGCACUUGCCCUUAGAAUGAUGAGGAACUAA